AUGGCUGACCUACAAAACUUAGUUACAGGAGGCGAAAGUCCUUUUGCAAAACUUAAUGAUCUCGGACACAGUGGACGUGCACUUAGCCUGGCUUCAUCCAUGGGUGCUGUUCUGAACCACUUGUCUAAAGAUGCAGCAGGGAACGGAACGAAUACUACGUUAUAUGACAAAAACGUUUCCAAACAGGUAACAUGUUGGAAAUGUUUGAUGUUAAUUUCUUGCUGUCUUCAGCAAUGUAGGAAAUGAAAUCGAAUCACUUGCUCAAAAACUAAUUCCUGGAUGUAACCGAUCGGAAAAGGGGGACAAGGUCUCUAAGGAUUUAAUAUACCAGCGCUCUGACCUAUAGGAAACUCACAAUAUUAUAUGUAUACACAUAUACGUCCACAUAUACGACAAACUUUAUAAAUAUAGCUGUGGGCCGAUGUAAACAAACGCAAUCUGAAAUGAAUAUUGUGUCUUCUCAAAAGAUCUGAAAUGAAUAUUGUGUCUUCUCAAAAGCGUAAGGAUUGUAGCUUAGUGUAACUGUUAGCUAUAACAGUUUACAUCUUUUUACCAUGUUAACAGAUUAGGUUACAAUUGUUGACAUCCAUCUCACAGCAGAACACAUCAAUUGUGGAUAUAUCGUCACUGGAACAAACAAGUGCGACUAUUAUAACUUUGACUGAGAAUACAGACGAGUUAGUUCCUGAAGCUAAGGUAUUUUGAAUGCUUUUGUAUUUGUAAGAACUUCGCACCAAUUUGUUCGCAACACGUGUUUGACACUAGGGAACUGUUCGGUUUUGGCGAGCAGCGGGCUGGUAGUAAGAAAAUUAAACAAAAUCUCACAUUUCUUAUUCUAAUUUCUUAAUUUCCUAUCCAGGAUGCUGCACUUGGCAUAUGCGGGGCACUCACGGAUACCCUGAAGACCUUAUCGGAUAAUGACGUUGGUUUCGAAAAUGUCCAAAGAGGAGCCUCGAAUCUGGUUAAAAUUCUUGGACCAAUGUCUGACAGUUUGACAAACGAUAAAGCCAAGAAUAGUACGGAAAGCAAUAGUAAAGUCCCCGUAAGUAUUUAUGCAUAUUAGCAAUACCUUUUCGUAUUAAAAUAAUACAAUAAUUCAACCAAUACAAGCAAUGGAAGUUGUCGUUUCAAUUUUAGAAACAAGUCAAAUUUUCGGUGGGUUUGGUGGACAAAAUUCAAAGUGUGCUCCUAGACAACAUCGUUACUACCGAAGGACCAGUAAAUGUUGAAACUGACUCACUUUCCUUACAAGUUGAAAAAGUGACAGUCCAAGAUUUCGGUCAAAAGAAAAACAGUUUAAAAAAUUCCGAGUUUAAAGCUCCAUCGCCUAGUGCACUUGGAUUGGAAGAGAGUAAGUGAUUAUUUGACUGCAGAGAAAUAACUGAAUAUAAGAAUCGUGGUGAUCUAUUAAAAUUUCUUUUCACAGUUGCAAAAGAUCCGAACAACACAUUUCUUCACAUGCAGCCUAUCGGCAUCAAGGUAUAUAAUAGAUAUUAUUUUUGCGUUGCCUGCUCGAAGGGACGAUUGAAAGUCGUCGUGUGGUUUACAGGUAUACACUUAGCACAAAUGCACUCUAAAUGUAUCUAACAUUUGUUAUUAGAUUACUUUUCUCAUCCCAGUCCUAAUAGACUCUGUUCCUCAACACCCAUAUUUCAGCUCAGUAUAUUUGCAUUACUAGAUGGCUGUGUUUAACAAGAAUCCGUUCAGUUGGGAUAACACAAGUGAGAAGAUCUCGUCAAAUGUUGUUGAUGUAGUUUUGACAUCCACAAUGAAUAUUUCGACAUCAAACUUUAGUGAAGAUGCUUCGAUCAAGAUCGCACGUGACCCAUCCCAAUUUCCACCAGCAGAUUCCUUCUAUCUUAAACCAAACGAGAAAAACUUGACCUCAAACACCAAAGACUAUCUUAAAUAUCAUUGCUUUACUCGAAGAGGUGAACAUACUUCAAUGAAUUUCGAACUGCAUCCUGAAGAGCCAGGGAUCCGUUUUAAAGUUUAUCUCAAGAAAGGAGGAAAACCUAACGUGAAGGAUGGAGAUUUUAUGCAUUUUUACGAAGUGCCCGAUCUCAGUUACUGCACAGUAGACAACGAAGAUGUGUUUAAUUCUAAGUUUAAUAAAUCAGAAGGAAACUCAAGCGAUCAUGUGCAAAUUGAAUCAAAGAAUUGUCUCAAAGAUCCGUACACAGUGUUUGUGUCCAACGUUGACUUUAAUGGAACUGGAGAGUAUUGUUUUGGUAAGUGAUCGUCUUUUUUCAUUCCUUAAUCUAUUCUGCCCUUUCUUCAUUCCUUUUCCCUUUCUUAGCUCUUCCUUUUAUCCUUUUAUCUUGCUUUAUUUGCUUUUACUUCCCUUCUACUUUUCCAUAGAAUUAUUUUGUUAUAUGACAGUUCCUUCAUCUGUUCUUCGUUAUGGCAUUCAUUCUUCUUCCCUCCGUUCUUUUAUCCUUAUUUUCCUUUAUUACUAAUUUUUUUCCCUAUCGCCCCUUCUUUUAGUGUUUAUAUUUUUUAUUACUUUCUUUCUUGCUUUCUUCCACCUUUCAGUCCAUCCUUAGCUCUUUCACUUUAGAUAUCCACUUAUUUCAUCCUUCGUUCUUCAUACAAUCAUUUUAGCCAUUCAGUAUAUACAUACCGUCGACGACACAGAUGGAGACCCCGAUUCCCGACGUCGGAAACGUUCAGUGUCGUGUGAAGUGGGUGCCAGACGUGUGCGUCGUUCUUGCGUGAUCAUUCCUCCUGCACCCCCAAAGCCCACCGCCGCCCCACCGAUCGAAAUCCUGGUAGCAGACAACCUCGGCUUUGAUGGAAAAUUCUUUUUCCCAAACCAAACUCCGAACUACAACCUGAUAAUGUUUGAAUCAAGUUGCGUGCAUUGGAACGUUGAGAAUGAAACAUGGACGGGGGAAGGAUGUAGGGUGAGUCGUGUAAAGCUUUAAAUUCGAUCAUUUGUUUGCUCGAAGUAGGGGCAAACCAUGUACAGGACCCCACCCCCACAGACUCUUUCCUCACAGGAAUUGGGUCCCAUGCUCAACAAGGCAGACACAACCAGAAUCGAUGUCACUGUGUCUAAUUUGUUUAUUAUUCUUUAUACAGGUGGCUCCUGGUACAAACAAAGAAAAGAUCGUGUGUUACUGUAACCAUUUGACGUCGUUUGGAAGUGAUCUUCUUGUUGCUCCAAACCCAAUUGAUUUUGACUCAGUUUUCAAGAACUUUGGAAGUCUUGCUGAGAACGUUGCUGUACUGGCUUUGAUUUCAACCAUUCUUGGUGUGUAUAUUAUCGGAGUUAUCUGGGCAAGGCGAGCUGAUAAGAGGGACUUAUUGAUGGUCGGCCCAACUAUCCUGUCCAAACCCAAAGGAUCCUAUCAUUACCUCAUUACCACCUACACAGGCAGCAGACAAGGAGCUGGUACUACAGCCAGAGUCGUGUUAAAAAUGAAUGGAGAUGAAGGCGACACACAACCUGUCAGGUUGAGAGAUCGUCAGAGACCUUGCUUUCAACGAGGACAAGAAAACGCAUUCGUUGUUUCAUAUCCCCAGGGAAUUGGUGAUCUUACUUAUCUCCAAAUAUGGCACGAUAAUACUGGUAAGGAAAUGACUAGCCUUUAUGUUCCUUGCUCAACAUCAACAUAGGAUUAAACUGGCUCUAUUUAUACUGCAUAGCUCUAUCAGGCGUAAACUGUUUUCCUUAGAGUAAGAACCGUCACUUACUGGUGUUACUACAGGAGGAAAGCAAGGUACUCAGAGAAAACCUGUGGGGUUUGAUACAGUCAGUCUUGGUGAAAUUAUAUUCGAAAAUGCAUUUUUCAGAAACCUAAAAUGGUUUUCACUUCAUUUUAGGUCCUUCGCCAUCGUGGUACCUUAGUCGUAUUUCAAUAAAAGACCUUCAAACUGGUAAAACAUGGCCAUUGUUUUGCGAAAACUGGUUGGCUGUUGAAUCCGAAGAUGGUAAAGUAUGUCGAAUUCUUUCUGUAGCCAACGAGCAGGAGAUGGUCAGUUUUGGACAUUUGUUCUCAACUCGUGCCAUUAAAGGUCUCGCAGAUGACCAUAUAUGGUUCUCCAUUGUCUCCAGACCUCCAACCAGUAACUUCACGCGCGUCCAACGUCUCUCGUGCGCUCUUUGUCUGCUAUGUUGUACAAUGAUCACCAGCGCAAUGUUUUACAACAUGGGAGGUCAGGGUCCGAGUCCGUUUGCAGUUCACAUUGGAUCGUUGGUUAUUGAUUUAAAACCGUUUGUGAUUGGCUUACAGAGCAGCAUAAUUAUAGUCCCGGUAAAUGUGUUGCUUGUGCAAAUUUUCCGCAAUCUUCGACCCAAGAAAACAAAAGUCGGACCCGAAAAUUCAGAAGUCCACAAUAAUGUUGAAAAUAAAAUAAAAGAGGACAAACCACAAGUGCGUAAAGGCAAACUUCCUCACUGGUUUAUCUAUCCAGCCUACGCGCUCUGUUACCUCGCAUCGGCUGCAUCGAUAUUCUUCACUUUACUCUACAGUAUUCAGUGGGGGAAGGAAACGUCAACUGAAUGGGUGAUUGCUAUGGUAACAUCAUUUUUCCAAUCAGUUUUACUUCUGCAGCCAGUCAAAGUAGUUGUGGUUGCAGUCGUGUUUGCGUUGAUUAUAAAAAAGCCCAGUGAUACUGAAGAAGAGUCGAACGACGUGCCGCUUGUUGAGAGGAAAGUUAAAAAAGGUGGAGCGCCAAAGAAGAUGAAGAAGUACUACAGGUAUAAACAAUCAAACAAAAAUCAAGCAAAUAAAUAAAAAGUUUAAUCUACCAUCACAAUCAUCACCACCACCACCACCACCAUCAUCUACACAGUUACCACCAUCAUGACCAUUCGCAGCUCUCCAUCUCUCUCUCAAUCCAUAACAAAAUCUUCCUUGUUAUCUUAUUCCCGCAGCCAUUUUCUAUCUUCUUAUCUUUCUCAUAUCAUCGAGUCUGGUUCUUGUCUUCUCACAUACCCAACCACCUCAAACAUCCAAUAUAAAUACGAAUAAACGAGAAAAAAAGUAAAAACCAGUUCAAAUACUACAGCAGUCAGUUCAGUGCAACUUACGAUGCAAACGUUUUCCCUUUUAGUCCUCCAAACCCCGCAAAGUUACGGAAAGCAAGAGAAAAACGUCUAAAAGAGCUCAAGAUGAACGCGGCUUUGAAAGAAAUUUUUGCUUUCUUUGUCUUCCUUAUUUUGCUCAUGGACGUUGCGCAGUACCACAGGGAUCCCAAUACUUUCUUCUUGACAAAGACAUUGUCUGAAACGUUUGACGAGGUGGACGAUUAUUCUAUUGACUUAGCUGCGGUGAGUUUCUGUGUAUGAAAUCAUAUUUAGUCAGGAAACGCCAUUUCUUCGCAACAGAAGUCACAUGUAGACCUGCGAGGCUAAUUAGGCAAUAUUUUUUUUCAGGUGUCCGACACGGAUUCGCUGUGGAUGUGGUCACGUGAGACGCUAAUUCCUGGAUUAUACGCAACCGAAUGGUACAACGGCAAGAAAAUGAAGAAAGGAUGGCUUGCGAAUAUGGAGAUUUAUCUCGUGGGUGUCCCGCGUGUGCGAACACUUCGCGUGGAGGAAGGUAAAGUUAUCAAUCUAAGAGUUCUGAAUUAGAUAAAUCAAAUAAGACAUUCUAUUUCUUUUUAGAUUCUUGUACAAUGUCAAGCUAUGUGGAAGACAUGAUCCCGCAUUGUUACUCUGGGUACUCUGUAGCAAAUGAAGACGAUGGAACAUAUAAUAUAGGCUGGGAGCCACUGGACAGUAGUUCUUCACGAAAACGCAGAGAUAUCAGUAACCUAAUGAGCGAAGUGGAAUGGUUCGAGUUAAUAACAGGAACAAAUGAACAGAAUGGAGGUAAAGACGAUCAUGUACGACACAAGAGAGCCAUGGAUCCGAUCAGUUCGUCUGCUAGUGGCAGAAAUCGUCGAAAGAAAAAACGACUGCUAGCUAGCAAGAGUCCUAAAGUUUAUACCAUUGCUGACAACGCUCUGUUACCUGACGGCAGCAUUUUGUCCUGUCUCGAGAGAUGGCGUCAUCAAACAAUGAUAGACUUGCGGGGAUUCCCCUACUGGGGUACAAUCACCAUGUACAGUGGCAGUGGUUAUGUAGCAAACCUUGGCUACGACCAAGUGACUGCGUACACUGUUGUCUCUGAUUUGCAUUCGAAUGGUUGGAUAGAUGUUCAAACACGUGCUGUAUUUGUCGAGUUCACCGUAUACAAUGCAAAUACAAACUUAUUUGGGAUCAUCUCGAUUUUUAUCGAAUUUCCACCUUCGUCAGGAGCGGUUACCAAAGUCCAGUUCGAAGCUUCACGGUUCUAUAUCCACCUUACUGGCGGGCAAACUCUAGCUCAUGUGUUGGUCAUAUUCUUCAUGAUGUAUUUCCUCUAUAGAGAAGGAAAACUUGUCUAUAAACAACGCUGGGCUUACUUCAAAGGUUUCUGGAAUUGGGUUGAAGUUAUCCUCAUUAUUUCCGAGUUCCUCUUGAUCGUUCUCUUCCUUGCGCGUCUGUACGAAGUUGACAGAAAUCUUCUUCAGUUACGAGAAAAUCCAAACGACUACGUUGGAUUUCAGUACGCUGCAAAUGUAGAUGCCCUGAUGACUUAUGUUAUUGGUGUUCUGGUAUUCUUCUAUAUUUUACGUUUCUUACGUCUGUUGAGAUUCAAUAAAAACUUCCUGGUUAUUGGAAAAACAUUGUCGAGAAUAAGCGCGCCAAUUUUGAGUUUCUGUCUACCUUUUAUCGCCGGAUUCUUUGCAUUUGCCUUACUGGCUUUCUCGAUGUUUGGCUCAGAACUGGAAGACUACAGCUCAUUCAUAAGGACAAUGGUGACUCAACUCAGUAUGACUUUGGGAGAUUUUGAUUUCGAGGCCAUAUUUAUGGUCAAUCCGACCGUUGCAACCCUCUAUUUCUUUUCGUUUAUUGGAUUAAACGUGAUGGUGUUAAUGAACAUGUUCAUAGCCAUCAUCAACGACUCUUACGCCGAGAUCCAGGAGGAAACUGCCGACAUUGAGAACGAAUUUGAGAUUAUUGAAUACGUCACAACAAAAGUAACCAACGUUCUUCCUGGUCACGGUGCCAAGGUUGCCCCGGCAAAAAAGAAAAAAAGAAAACACAAACAAUUGCCUCAAAAGGAAGCACCUAACGAACAGUUCUCGAAUGAGUUAGAUUUACGUGGAAAGAGACUGGAAAAUGUUUUGGAUAGCGUAGAGAAAUGUUUCGAAGAAGAUGAAUUAGUAGCGGAGAGACUCUGUUCUGUACCUAAAGACAAACAGCACUUGAUUUUCAUAGUUUUGUGUUUAAUGGAAUAA